AUAGUAGUUUAUUGUAGGGAAGAGGAAGACCAGUAUAAACGCGGAACGAAGGGAGAGGUUUUAGGUUUUGCAGAUCUGAAAAUGGGCUUCUUGUAUAUCAAAAAGCGAUAAUUAAAUCACUAGAUCUGAACUCUCAUAGGUUUGCCACUUCAGAGAUCUCGGUUCCAAUGGCGUCUCCAUCGUCAUUUGCCUCGAUUUGUUUUCUCUUUUUGCUUCUCAAUGUCAGUCACUGCAAAACCCUAAAAAGAGACGUGAAAGCCUUGAAUGAAAUCAAGGCAUCUCUUGGCUGGAGGGUAGUCUAUGCAUGGGUUGGAGAUGAUCCUUGUGGAGAUGGUGAUCUACCACCUUGGUCUGGUGUCACAUGUUCCACUCAAGGAGAUUAUAGGGUUGUGACAGAGCUGGAAGUUUAUGCUGUAUCGAUUGUUGGGGCUUUUCCUACUGCUGUAACCAAUCUGUUGGAUCUAACAAGGCUGGAUCUUCACAAUAACAAGUUGACUGGUCCAAUCCCUCCUCAAAUUGGACGGCUAAAGCGUCUUAGAACACUCAAUUUGAGAUGGAAUAAGUUACAAGAUUCCAUUCCUCCAGAAAUUGGUGAACUCAAGCAACUAACACAUCUCUACCUGAGCUUCAAUAACUUCAAAGGUGAAAUUCCUAAGGAGCUUGCAACUCUGCCAGAGCUUCGCUAUCUCUAUCUUCAUGGGAAUCGCCUCAUAGGACGAAUUCCACCAGAAUUGGGGACUCUGCAAAAUCUUCGACAUUUGGAUGUUGGGAAUAAUCAUUUGGUGGGUACCCUAAGGGAACUCAUCCGUUUUGAGGGAAGCUUUCCGGCAUUGCGAAAUCUGUACCUGAAUAAUAAUUUCUUGACGGGAGGAAUUCCAGCACAACUUGCAAACUUGACAAAUUUGGAGAUCUUGUACUUAUCGUACAACAAGAUGUUUGGUGUUAUACCUUCGGGACUUGCCCGUAUUCCUAGAUUGACUUACUUGUACAUCGAUCACAACCAAUUGACAGGGAGGAUUCCAGAGCCCUUCUAUAAACACCCCUACUUGAAAGAGAUGUACAUUGAAGGAAAUUCUUUCAGGCCAGGUGUAAAACCCAUAGGUGUCCACAGAGUCCUUGAAGUUUCUGACACAGAGUUCUUGUUUUAGUACAAUCACUUCUUAUACUUUCUUUAUCUUAUCUAGAAAGGCAUAGAAACAUUCUCUUCCACAUAUUAGUUUUGUUUAUUUUUCUUUUCAUGGAAUGAGAUGUGAAGUUCCUGUGUUUUUGCUUCCAAAAUUGACCUUUUAUUAGUCUCGAUUUGUCACAGCCGAUAGAGUAGGCUGCUUGUAAUUGUAUAGCACGUGGUUGAGACUUGGGAUUAAUAUAUAAAAAAUUUUUGUGAGCUCA